UUUAACUACAAGCAGGAUGAUAAUUUGGAUCUUCUUAGCAAUAACCUCCUUUUCAAAUGGAUUUCUCGUUGACAAAAAUAAUCCUGUUGAACCAAAUUCUCCAGAUCAGAAAUAUAUAACGGCUGAUGAAUUCAAUGAAUAUGAACAAAAACAACAGCAGAAAAUUGACGAUGUUAUUACCUUGCUGACGUCACACUUACAACAUGAGAGUUCCCGCGUAAAACAUGACGAGAUGAACAGUAGUCAGUCAACAGGACCGUCCAGUGUCUCGUUAAAAUGGUUCCAGAAGUACUACACGCUUGAAAGAAAUCAUGCAAAAUUACAGUCCAGUUUCAAAAAAUUGCUUAAAAAUUAUAAUGUCAUUGAAAACAGACUAACUUCUGUUCUUAACCUGACAUCUGAUAUGAAUGGUAUACUCUCCAGUCCGCCUGAACUCAGAAAUACACAGGACCCUCAAGAUUUACAUGCGUUACAGGAGCAAGUUAAGGCUAUAGGUGCUAAAGUGUUCAUAUUAGAUUCCAACGACAUAGCCAGGAACCGUGACAUUUUCACACUGUAUAACAGAACUGGGGAAGCGAUCCGUCUGAUUAUGGACUUUGAAAUACAAACGAAUAUAGAAAUUAAAAACCUUCAACGCAUUCAAAAUGAGACCAUAGAAUUUUUUCAAAAUGAGUUUGUGUCGAAUGGCUCAAAUAUAUCUAUUAUAGAACUUGGGAAAAGGAUAGAGCUGGUUGAAAAUUACCAUAAUUCGACAGUCAUUGCGCUCAGUAAACAAAUUAAAGAAUACCAAUCUAAGCAAAAUAUAACAGAGGAACGGAUCAUGCAAAGAGUUUCACAAGAAAAUGAAAAAGUUGCUAUAACAACUUGUGUUUCGGUUGAUGGAGUCGUUCACCACAACAACGCUAUAAAAUUUGACCAAGUGCGAUCACAUGUUGGGAUUCUGGAUAUGGCUGCAAUAAGAACCACGGGAAAGUUUACAUGUGAAAAAGAUGGCGUAUAUCACAUAUCAGUCGUUAUAAAUACUCCUACGGAUCACGCUAGUUUCUCUAUUUAUAUGAAUGGAAAUUCAGUAUCCAAAUUGAGUAUUUCUAGUGACAAUCACGUGGAUACCGGAACUUCCGUUGUAGCCUUAGAAUUACAAAUUGGUGAUAUCGUAUGGGUUCAAGCAGAUACUGAUAUACAUGUAUACUUCCAUUGGUCUUGUAUGACAGUCGUCAAACUUUGAUAAUUUCAUUUUCCAUUAUAUAACUUUCACAUCAUUUUAUUGAUUCUUUUCAACAUUUCCA